AUGGCCUCCGUUGAGAAGAAGAAGGACCCCAGGUCCUGGCGAGGACUCACACCUCCUCUGGCCGAAUGGAUCCUCGACUUCGUGUCCAGCCAGGGCUUCCAGCGCAUGACGCCCGUCCAGGCAGCAUGUCUCCCGCAAUUUCUUGGGAACAAGGACGUCGUGGUCGAGGCCGUCACCGGCAGCGGAAAGACGCUUGCUUUCCUCCUCCCCAUCGUCCAGAAGCUCAUGCGCCUCGAUGAACCGACAAAGCGCGGCCAUGUUUUCUCCAUCAUCGUCUCCCCGACCCGCGAGCUCGCGAUCCAGAUCCACACCGUCCUGCAGUCCCUCGUCGGCUUCCACCCGCCCUCGGCCGAGAUCCUACCCUGCCUUAAGGGGGACGAGAAGCGUCCCGACACGAAGGUCCCGGUGAUUGUCCCCCAGUUGCUCGUCGGCGGAACGACUACGACACAGCAGGACCUCAGCUUCUUCGUCAGACACUCUCCCAACGUCUUGGUCUCGACGCCCGGCAGACUCGUCGAGCUGCUCGCAUCCCCCCACGUCCGCUGCACACAAUCGUCCUUCGAGCUCCUGGUUCUCGACGAGGCGGAUCGUCUUUUGGACAUGGGCUUCAAGCAGGACAUCCAGAGGGUUUUGGGAUAUCUGCCCAAGCAGAGGCGCACGGGCCUAUUCAGCGCUUCGGUCUCUGAAGCGGUCUCGCAGAUCAUCACUGUUGGUCUUAGAAACCCCGUCAAGAUUGCAGUGAGGGUGAAGAGUCUCCGAGAUGGAGGAAUCAUUGAGGACCGGAAAACGCCCAUCAGCUUGCAAAUGUCCUACCUUGUUACGCCAGCGAGUCAAAAGCUCCCAGCAUUGGCCAAGCUCCUGGAAAACCUGAGCCCGCGACUGCAAAGAAGCAUUGUCUUCCUGUCAACGUGUGCCGCCGUCGACUACUUCCAGCAUCUCCUCCCUACCAUCAUGCCAUCAGGCUUCACAAUAGUCCCUCUUCACGGAAAGCUCCCGCCCAAGGCCAGAGAAAAGAGCUUCUCCAAGUUUGUCAACUCGGUAUCACCGUCCGUCUUGAUUUGCACAGAUAUCGCAGCAAGAGGCCUGGACAUCCCGCAGGUAGACUUUGUCUGCCAGGUCGACCCCCCUUCAGAUCCCAAGGUCUUCAUCCACCGCAGUGGACGCGCCGGAAGAGCCGGAAGGAAGGGUCUCUCGGUCGUCUUCCUGCAGCCCGGCCAUGAAGAAGACUACAUCCCCUUCCUUGAGGUCCGCAAAACGCCGAUUUUCCCCCUUACGAAACCCGAGAUCGUCGUCACCGAGGAAGAGGCCAACGCGGUGUCAGAAAAGUUCCGCGACGUCCUCCGCAGCGACCGGGCCUUCCACGACAAGGCGCAGCGGGCUUUCGUGAGCUGGGUGCGCAGCUAUAACGCGCACCUGACGACGUCCAUCUUCCGCACCAAGGACCUCGACUGGACCGACCUCGGCAAGGCGUGGGGCCUGUUGCGCCUGCCGCGGAUGCCCGAGACCAAGAAGUGGGAGGGUGACAAGUGGCUCGGCAACGAGGGUUUCGACUGGGACAACUUCUCGUACAAGGACAAGACGCGCGAGGCGGCUCGGCUGGCGGCGAUGGAGGCGGAGCGCAACGGCGAGAAGGCGGCGGCGGUGGACGAGGUCAAGCGCAAACGCAAGACCAACGAGGCGUGGAGCAAGCAGGUGGAGGCGGACGACGUGCGGACGGAGCGGCGCGAGAAGAGGAGGCGCAAGAAGGAGGCCGAGCGGAUGGCGACUAUGACGGAGGAGGAGAAGAUCAAGGCCAUGGAGCUGAACGAGAUGAUUGCCGAGAUCAGGAGGAAGAACCAGGCUGCCCAGGCGGCGACAGCGGCAGCCGGUGGGAAGAAGAAGAAGGCGGAGGGCGACGACGAGUUCACGGGGUUUGAUGAUUGA